AAAAAAGAAAAAAGCACACACCUUAUCAAAUUUCCCUAACCAUGUCUAUUUUCACCACAACCUUUUCCAUAUGCAGACAGUUAUAAAAAGGUUCUCAAGUCAGGGAAGCUCUGCAAAGUUCAAUUAAACACCUAUUUCCCACAACUUCUCACAGAAAUAUGGGCCUUAUCUCCAUAAGCUUUGUGCUACUUUUGCGAGUGGUACGGUGUUACUUGUGGCCGCAGGCACAAGAGAGUGACGAGUAUUAACUUGCAUUCCUCAAAACUGACAGGUAUAAUCUCCCCUCAUCUUGGUAAUUUGAGCUUCCUCAGGGACUUACACCUUCAAAAUAACAGUUUUGGUGGCACAAUUCCUCUUCAAAUCAAUCAUUUGCACAGGUUACAAACUCUAGACCUGUAUGAUAAUUCCAUUACAGGGGAAAUUCCGUCAAAUAUAUCAACUUGUUAUAGUCUUAUUCAUAUAAGUCUUGAUAAUAACAUGCUGGUGGGAGAAAUUCCACCCAUGCUUGGUUCUCUCGCGUAUUUGCAAUAUCUUGAUAUAGGAGGGAACAACUUGACGGGUAAUAUUCCAUCAUCUAUUGGGAACUUAUCAUCUUUGUCUAUACUCUUCUUAAGUAAAAACAGAUUGGUAGGAAGCAUUCCUGAUAGUUUGGGGAAACUGAGUCAUAUUAACAAAUUGGAUUUAUUUGGCAAUAAGUUAUCUGGAGUAGUCCCACCCUUAAUCUUUAACCUCUCUUUACUAACAGGUUUAGAUUUAGGAGUGAAUGAUUUGGAAGGAAACCUCCCUUGGGAUUUAGGCAACACACUUCCACAACUUCGAUUUUUCUCUGUAGCUUGUAAUAGGUUCAUGGGACACAUUCCAGCUUCAAUAUCCAAUUCUUCAAACCUACAAAUUCUUCAGUUGAGUGAGAACAAUCUUCAAGGACAAGUUCCUUCUUUGCACAAGUUAACAAGGCUUACUCGCCUUUCCCUUUACGAUAACUCCCUUGGGUAUGACCAAGUUGGAGAUCUGAAAUUUGUUUCUUCCUUGGCUAACGCCACCAAUUUGCGAUUCCUUCAGAUAUGUCAUAAUAACUUCAAAGGAGUCUUCCCUAAAACUAUCUGCAAUUUUUCUUCUCUCGUCCAUUUGUCACUAAGCAAUAACAACAUAGCUGGAGAAAUUCCAGUUUGCAUUGAAAAUGUAGCAACACUGCAACUUAUUCAUGCUAGAAACAAUGUACUUUCUGGUGUCAUUCCUCGAGGCAUAGGGAAGCUCCAAAACCUCAACUACUUAUUUCUACAUGGAAACCAAUUAUCAGGGGUCAUCCCAACCUCGAUUGGAAACUUAACUAAGAUGUCUACUUUACUGCUUUCAAAAAAUAGAUUAGAAGGUCAAAUACCCUCAUCUCUUGGAAACUGUAUAUCGUUAAAUGGACUAGAUCUUUCCAACAACAAUCUUAGCAAAAGCAUACCCCCACAACUUUUUAAUCUACCUGUCUUGACUAUCGGACUUGAUUUAUCUGGAAACCACCUAACUGGGUCUCUGCCUGAAGAAGUUGGGAGACUGACCAAUCUUGACGCCCUUGAUCUCUCUCGAAACUUGUUAUCAGGUCAGAUACCAAGCUCUCUUGGUGGUUGUAUGUCGUUAGAGUUCUUACACAUGGGGGGAAACAAUUUCCAAGGCACCAUUCCCGAUUCAUUGCAGGCAUUAAAGGGUCUCCUUUACUUAAAUUUAUCAUACAACAAUUUAUCAGGAAGAAUACCAAAUUUUGUACAGAGCUUCAAGUUGCAAGGCCUAGAUUUAUCGAACAAUAACCUUGAAGGUGAAGUACCUGAUGAUGGAGUCUUUAGUAAUGCAAGCAGUGCUUACAUAAGAGGAAACACUAUGCUUUGCGGAGGCAUACCUGAGUUAAAGUUGCGUUCAUGCAGUUUAAGCAACAACGCCCAGAGAAGAAAACCAGAGAACAAGAAGAAAAUAUUAACAUUUGCAAUUCUUGUUAUACUGCUACUGGUUGUCCUAGUGUUAUUAUAUACUUUCAAACACAGAGAGAGGACUAAGAAACCCACAGCUUCAGAUGAUUUAGAAAAUUUUCCAAAUUUGUCUUACCAAACACUUCUUAAAGCCACGAAUGGGUUUUCCUCUGAAUGUUUGGUUGGCAGUGGUAAAUUUGGUGUUGUGUACAAGGGGAUACUUGAUGAGGAUGAAUCUACUGUUGCCAUCAAGGUGUUUAAACUUCAAAAUCAUGGUGCUACCAAGAGUUUUAUGGCUGAAUGUGGAGUCCUUCGUAGCAUCCGUCACCGAAAUCUUCUGAAAGUUGUAACAGCUUGCUCAAGUGUGGAUUAUCAAGGCAGAGAUUUCAAGGCUUUAGUUUAUGAGUACAUGGCAAACGGGAGUUUGCAGGAUUGGUUGCAUCCAGAAGAUUCACUCAUUAUUCGGGUAGAGGAAGUCAAUAAUAUGUCAAGGCACUUAAAUCUUUUCCAAAGAAUUGAUAUAGCAGUUGAUGUUGCAUUUGCGUUGGAUUAUCUACACUACCAUUGCGGUGCCUCCAUAGUUCAUUGUGACCUCAAGCCGAGCAAUAUUCUUCUUGAUGAUGAAAUGGUUGCACAUGUGGGUGACUUUGGCCUAGCCAAGUUCCUCUUGAAAGUCAUCAAUAACGACCCCAACUCCAAUCAGUCUAGCUCGGUUGGAGUGAGAGGUACAAUCGGUUAUGCUCCUCCAGAAUAUGGUGUGGGAAAUGAGGUGUCUACCUAUGGUGAUGUCUACAGUUUCGGAAUCCUUCUACUGGAGAUUUUCACAGGAAAGAGGCCUACUGAUGGUAUGUUCAAUGGAGGAAUAAGCCUUCAUUACUUUGUGAAAGAAGCUCUACCUAAACGCGUGAUUGAGAUUCUAGAUCAUGUCCUUGUUCAAGACAUAGAAAGUGAGGAGGCAGACAACAACCUGAUGUUACUGACCUCUAUACUUGAAAUAGCAGUUUCCUGCACAACUGAGGUUCCAAGAGAAAGGUUGGACAUGAGUGAUGUUGCUGCAAAGCUAUCAUCAAUCAGAAACAAGUUCCUUGGCACUCGUUUACAACAAAGAAGGAGAAUUCAUACAGGCACACAAGGUUGAUCAUUGUUAAGGCCAUUUAUGUUUUAUUAAGCCUUUUUUUUUUCUGCUUUUUUGAUAAAUUUAACGGAGUAUAAGCCCUUCGGUGUAUUACAUAUCUAGCAGUUCAAUACUUUGUCGCUUAUAAUAGAAUGUUGAAGAAUGUUACACAAUUAGAAUGCUACAACAACAACAACAACAACAACAACAACAACAAAGCCUUAGUCCCAACAUGAUUUGGGGUCAGCUAACAUGAAUAGUCAUAGGAGAUCAAGAGUUCGUCAUCACAAUUAGAAUGUUGAAGUGUUAGUUUAGAUGAACAACACAAGAGAGGGGGUGAAUUAGUGUUUGUAGAUGUUGGAUCUACUUUUUCGCGGAAUUAAAAACAUUAAGAGAUUGCAAGAGAGAUUUUAGCGUGGAAACCUCUCUACCCUAAUAGAGAGGAAAAACCACGGCCCCGUAGGGACUUAAACCCUUUUACUAAUU